AACCAGGUUAACUUUAUUAUGACGUAUCUCAUCUCAGUCUGAUUAGAAUGAAGCCGACACCCAUAGGCUUCUUCCUGGUCCGAGACAUUCGUGUUACAAACAAAUUGACAGUAUUGACACUAUUGACACUGUAACGACACUUCGACACUACUGAGUACUGACAGUAUUGACAUAUCAUGUGGACUGUGGACUGAAGAUAAAUAAAAUUUUAGAUUCUGUAAAAAAUUUUCAAAUUCUUGCUGAAAAAGUAUCCACUAAUUCUUUCAUAUAAUAACUUAACUUAUGAUUUACAUAACAUUCUUGAGAUAGAAAUAUUCAAGCUAUUGCAGAUACAAAAUGCCUGUGCCUGGUGGUAUGUAUCAACAGCAAGGGCAAGGGCCUAGCUGUGUAGAUAGAAUGAAAAUGGGAUUUUUCCUUGGUUUUUGUGUUGGGAUGGCGAGUGGAGCACUAUUUGGAGGAUUCUCAGCACUCAGGGGAGGUUUGAGAGGGAGAGAAUUGGUGAAUACAGUGGGUAAAGUGAUGUUGCAAGGUGGAGGAUCAUUUGGAACGUUUUUAGCAAUCGGAUCAGGAUUGAGGUGUUGAAACGCUGCCAUUGAAUUGUCGAGACUGAUCAAGAAUGUCAUUGUAUCCCUUGAUAGUUGUAUAGUGUAAACUGUUAUGAAUGUGAAUCUUUAAUUAUAUGAGUACUUAUUUCAA